CCCCAGCGUCCUGUCGAUUGAAAACUGCAUGCCGGGAAGUAGAGUUUGUUUCUUCCUGGAGGCUUUGCCUCUCUGGUCCGUGAUCUACGGCCUCAAAGGCCCAGAUUCGUCCACGACUACUAGUAAUUGAGAAAUAUCAGUGAUUCUCAUUUAUUCCUCACGAAGAUAUUUUUAUUCCUCCUUCCGCUGCAAAGUAAGCUCCAGAGAAGCACCCGCCAUUGCUGGUGGGCUGGUUGCCGUGGUAACUGGGACGCACACCCGCCCUGGCGGUUAUGGCGGGGCUGGGCGGCGCGCAGAUCCCCGAUGGGGAGUACACGGCCGUCGUGUACCGGCUCAUCCGGGAUGCCCGCUACGCAGAGGCGGUGCAGCUGCUGGGCGGAGAGCUCCAGCGGAGCCCGAGGAGCCGCGCCGGCCUGUCGCUGCUGGGCUACUGCUACUACCGUCUGCAGGAGUUCGCGCUGGCGGCCGAGUGCUACGAGCAGCUGGGCCAGCUGCACCCCGAGCUGGAGCAGUACCGCCUGUACCAGGCCCAGGCGCUCUACAAAGCCUGCCUUUAUCCGGAGGCCACCCGGGUCGCCUUCCUCCUCCUGGACAACCCUGCCUAUCACAACCGAGUGCUUCGACUCCAAGCCGCUAUCAAGUACAGUGAGGGUGAUCUGCCCGGGGCCAGAAGCCUGGUGGAGCAGCUGCUGAGUGGGGAAGGGACAGAAGGCAGUGGGGGCGAGAACGAGCCUGAUGGCCAGGUCAACCUGGGCUGUUUACUCUACAAGGAGGGACAGUAUGAAGCCGCGUCUUCCAAGUUCUUUGUGGCACUGCAGUCCUCAGGCUACCGGCCUGACCUCUCCUACAACCUGGCGUUGGCCUAUUACAGCAGCCGCCACUAUGCCCCAGCCCUGAAGCAUAUCGCCGACAUUAUUGAGCGUGGUAUCCGCCAGCACCCAGAGCUAGGUGUGGGCAUGACCACUGAAGGCAUUGAUGUUCGCAGUGUGGGCAACACUGUAGUCCUUCACCAGACUGCUCUGGUGGAAGCCUUCAACCUCAAGGCGGCCAUUGAAUACCAACUGAGAAACUAUGAGGUGGCCCAGGAUACCCUCACUGACAUGCCACCUAGGGCAGAAGAAGAGUUAGAUCCUGUGACCCUGCACAACCAGGCGCUAAUGAACAUGGAUGCCAGGCCUACAGAAGGUUUUGAAAAGCUACAGUUUUUGCUCCAACAGAACCCUUUCCCCCCAGAGACCUUUGGCAACCUGCUACUGCUCUACUGUAAGUAUGAGUAUUUUGAUCUGGCAGCAGAUGUCCUGGCAGAAAAUGCCCACUUGACUUAUAAGUUCCUCACACCCUAUCUCUAUGACUUCUUGGAUGCCAUGAUCACAUGUCAGACAGCUCCUGAAGAGGCUUUCAUUAAGCUUGAUGGGCUCGCAGGGAUCCUGACUGAACAGCUCCGUAGACUUACUAAACAAGUACAGGAAGCAAAACACAAUAGAGAUGAUGAAGCUAUCAAAAAAGCAGUGAAUGAAUAUGACGACACCCUUGAGAAGUAUAUCCCCGUGUUGAUGGCCCAGGCAAAAAUCUACUGGAACCUUGAAAAUUACCCGAUGGUAGAAAAGAUCUUCCGCAAAUCUGUGGAGUUCUGUAAUGACCACGAUAUUUGGAAGCUGAAUGUGGCUCAUGUUCUGUUCAUGCAGGAGAACAAAUACAAAGAAGCCAUAGGUUUUUAUGAGCCCAUAGUCAAGAAGCAUUAUGACAACAUCCUGCAUGUCAGUGCUAUUGUAUUGGCUAACCUCUGCGUUUCAUAUAUUAUGACAAGUCAGAAUGAAGAAGCUGAGGAGUUGAUGAGGAAGAUUGAAAAGGAGGAGGAGCAGCUCUCCUAUGAUGAACCAGAUAGGAAAGUCUACCACCUGUGCAUUGUGAAUUUGGUCAUAGGGACACUUUAUUGUGCCAAAGGGAACUAUGACUUUGGUAUUUCCCGGGUAAUCAAAAGCUUAGAACCUUAUAAUAAAAAACUGGGAACCGAUACCUGGUAUUAUGCCAAACGAUGCUUCCUGUCCUUACUGGAAAACAUGUCAAAACAUAUGAUAGUGCUGCGUGACAGCGUUAUUGAAGAAUGUAUCCAAUUCCUAGAACACUGUGAACUUUAUGGCAGGAACAUACCUGCCAUUAUUGAACAACCCCUGGAAGAAGAAAGAAUACAUAUUGGGAAGAAUACAGUCACCUAUGAAUCCAGACAAUUAAAAGCUUUGAUUUAUGAGAUUAUAGGGUGGAAUACAUAGUAGCCUGUGAUAAUGGUUUUAAUCAAUAUUGCUUUGUUAUAUACACUUGUCACUCUGUUUUAUCUGCAUUUAUUUGGCAUUUUCAUUUUGUCGUUACAUGUUGAAAUUAGUACACAAUUAAAAUGACUUAGAUGUAACUUUUCUUUGAGAAACCUCAAAACAUGGAAUAUCAUUAAAAAGAACUUGAACUGUAGAAGGAUUUAUGAAAAAAUUCAAGUGAUCAGGGAAGUUGUAUCUAAUAUAUCUGCAAUGCCUAUAUUCCCUCUCCUUUUCAUCUCUUGUGCUUUGCUAUAUCCUGAGAGAGCCUUGCAUGACAAGAUCAUCCACAGACUAGUCCUGUCCAGUCCAGAGUUCAAUAUAUAAGGUCUUUGGACUUUAACAAUUAUUUUAAGACUUGUGUUGCACUCCAACAGUUAGACUUCGUAAUUAUAUUAUUUUGUAAUGCAUACAUUUUGCAUAAACUUUAGUAUGUUUGAGGAGAGUUUUCCAAUACUUCAUCUAACACAAAUUCCUUGUGGUCAAAAUUUUUAGGGUGCAAUAGGGGAAAAUGUGCCAUAACAAAAUUAUGGUGCUAUGGUGUAUAGAUAAUAAACAAUUGACAAUUUUCAUAGUUAUUUUUUUGUUCCAUUUAUUGAAAAUCUGAAUAUAUAAGCAUAAACAAGGUAUGCUCUUAAUGUUUGAUAGUUGAUUUUUAACACUGAUUAAUAACAGAGGUAGCUUUAAAACUCAGUUCUUAAUACUUAACCAUUGUGUUUCUACUUAGGACACAUUCAUGCUAGAAUUUGUUCCUAUGUUUUAGCCUCUAAAUAAAGGAAAAAUUUUCUACACUAAUACAAAUAUAAAAUAUUUUACACUAAUAUAAAAUAUUCAGACAUUCUCAUGACCCUAAUAGACUCCUUCUCUCUUGUUCACAUAACAGAUCACACGAUAUACUAGUAGAUUGUGAACUUUCUGGUAGGUUCAUAAUACCAGCUUAAUUUUCAAAACCCUCUCAUAGUGUUUUGGGACUCUUAGUAUAAACACCACUGAUUCUGCACAGGCGUUUAAUUUUCUAUAAGCUACCAAGAGCAUUACUAUUUGUUUCCUCUAUCCCAAACCUCUUUGCUUUUAAUAAAUGUAACUGUAAAUCCACUCAAUCUGACUUAGGAAAAAAAUGAAAAAUAAUGUGGAAAAGUUUUCAACCUAUAAAAACAGCAAUGUGUAUUGUUCAACCUAAUAGCUUUCAAUGAAGAGUAAGGAUGCCUACUCUGAUGAUUUUAUUUUCCUUUAAGAGAAACCACAUAGCUUUAUGUGACGAAUGCUCAGAAUAUUUUCUGACCUCUUGGGUGUUGAAAUUCUGUCACAUCUCUCUGAGAAUUUGGCUCUUUGUGAGUGCUAAGACAUGGUCUGUAAAUUAUGUUACUUUUAAUCUAUAUUGCCCAAGGUACUACUAUUUAGUUGAUAGUAAUCAUCUCAUAUUUGGAUGAAAAUCUGAAGGGAUUUUUAAAUACGAGUUUAUAUGCUGUAUAUUGGUGCAAUUCUUUCAUUUGCUUAGAGUGUGGGAAGCAUACAAUGUGCUAUGUUAGGUGAUUCCUUUCCAACUCUAGCUAGGCUGGGCAGUGUGCAGCUUCUGAUGGGGAGUUCACUGCUGCUCAGGGUCAAAAGCCUGGGGGAGCAGCUACUGAGUAGGAAAAGGACUGAAGACAGUGGGGGAGAGAACAAGUCUGAUGGCCAGGUCAACCUGGGCUCUUUAAAAGGAGGGACAGUAUGAAACCUACAGGCUUCAAGCUACCAGCUUCACCUUUACUACAACCUGGCUUUGGCCUAUUACAGGCAGCACUCUGCCCUAGCAGUGAAGCAAAUCAUUGACAUUACUGAGCAGGGAAUUCUCUAGGCCCCAGAGCUAGUGUGGGUAAGGUCACUGAGGGCAGUGAUGUUAGCAGUGAACAGGGUGAAAAAGGUAUGCCAUGAACUGCUGAAUGAACUGCUGGAGUGGGUGUUUGUGUUCCUGUGGUUUAGGGUGUAAGUGAUCGCUAGCCGUGGCCGGGCCAUUUCUCAAUAAGCAAAUAAAAGCAGGUCCACUGUGCCACCUCAGGACAGACUGUGCUUUCCAAUAAGACCAGUGUUGGUCUUAACUAUAUGCUUCCUCUCCCUUUUUUUUUUUUUUUUUUGGUCCUUUAACUUUCUGGGUCUCAAGAAAGUCCAGCUUGAAACUUGUCCUACGUUCUUUGAGAAAUGCAAGUACUAAAUGAACGAGACUCUUUCUUCUUGGUUCUUUUUUAUUUGUGAGCUUUCAUUGGUACUUCAUAUUUCUUCCAUAAUUUGGUUGAUUAGUUGGUUCUUAGGUUUCACAACCACUUUUCCCUUCCUUUUCCAUUUUUUAUUUUUUUAGGACUGCUUUGACAAAUAUCAAGUGAAAGCUUUCUAAUAUUUUCAAUACGGGGAGAAGUAAGCAGUAAUCUGACAAUAAAAAGACCCAGAUAAGAAUUCCAGACCUUCCACAGUCUAGUUUUAGAACUUAAGAAAUUCAUUUACCCUUUGAGUCAUCACAGUCAUUUGAAUUGCCGAAACUCUUUAAAUUACUUCUGGCUAUAAUAUCUGAUUGUAUGUAAGCUAUAUAGGGAAAGGUGAUUUUUUUUCUUUUAUUAUUGGGAUAUAUAAAUAAGUCAAUCAAGAAACAAAUAUAUAAUUGUGUUUCAAAUGAAUGUCUUUUGGUAUUUGGGUUUAUGUAAAUGUUAACCUGUGAGGUAAAUGUUAUCUUACUGGUGGAUGCUUUAAUAAAUUGGUUCAU